AUGAACAUCUUUUCCAGAUCACCCAAAAAGCCAACCAAGAAAUCAGAUAGCGACGAAGAACCCGCCUCCUCACGGUCGCGCUCACCCAUCAAGAAAACGACCGCAACAUCCUCGUCUUCAUCCUCGAAAUCUUCCAGGCCGCGCGAAGAGAAAGAAAAUCAUAAGCACGCGCAGGCUUCUUCCUCUAGAAGCAACCGCAGCUCUCAGAAGUCCUCCACCAAGUCAUCACGGCACCCCUACGACCCGAACACCCACCCUUUAAAUCUGCCGCCCGAUCAGCUGCGGAGGCUCUCUGCACUCUCCAGCAGCAUGUCGGACCCGGACAGAAUGGACCUGGACAGCGAGGGCUCCAACUCCAACAACGGCGCUCCUCUCACCUCUCCCCCAAUUCAGUCUAACGUGUCGGCGGCGUUCAACCCCCCCAAACCAAAUGGUACCGCGGCUCCUGCGAACGGAGAGGUUCCAGUCCCUCCUCCGCACAAAUCCAACCCAACUAGCCCUGCUGCCGCUUCACCACCAACGGCGGAGGAGGCGGAGGCGUUCAAGGCGGCGGGGAACAAGUUCUACAAGGCAAAGCAGUACAAGAAGGCGAUCGAGCAGUACACCAAAGCCGUCGAAGCACAACCGUCGUCAGCCACCUAUCUCAGCAACCGAGCAGCUGCAUACAUUUCCAAUGGCGAGUACGUUAGUGCCUUGGAUGAUUGCAUCAGAGCCGACGAGCUGGACCCAGACAAUGCAAAGAUCCUCCUCCGACUGGCCCGCAUUUACACCAGUUUGGGCCGUCCUCAAGAGGCGCUCACCACCUACGCCCGCAUUCAACCUCCUGCGUCUGCGAAGGAUACUGCUCCAGCCAAGUCUAUGCUCCAACACAUCGGAGUCGCUGAGGACGCAUUGAAGAAUGGCACGACGGGUUCCAUGGCAUUGCAUGCUCUUGACCAGGCAGAAAAAUUGCUUGGCAUUGGUGCGACGAAGCCCCGAAAGUGGCAGCUGAUGCGAGGAGAGGCCUACCUGAAGAUGGGUAAUGUCAAUGCUCUGGGUGAUGCUCAAAAUGUCGCCAUGUCUCUGCUGCGGAACAACAGCGCAGACCCCGAGGCUCUGGUUCUCAGAGGCCGGGCCCUGUACGCUCAAGGAGACAACGAUAAGGCCAUCAGCCACUUCAGACAAGCGCUUAACUGUGACCCAGACUACAGAGAUGCUGUCAAGUAUUUGAGGCUGGUUCAGAAGCUUGACCGGAUGAAGGGUGAGGGAAAUGCUGAUUACAAGGCUGGACGUUGGCAAGCGGCUAUGGACAAGUACUCCGAGGCUCUUCAAGUCGACCCUCUGAACAAGGGAACGAACUCCAAACUCCUCCAGAACCGAGCCUUGUGCCGAAACCGACUGAAGGAUUACAACGGUGCCAUUGAGGACUGUGAGCGUGCCAUCUCUCUCGAUCCGUCAUACACCAAAGCCAAGAAGACAAAGGCGGCUGCCCUAGGCCAGUCAGGCAACUGGGAAGCUGCUGUCCGAGAGCUCAAGGAAUUGCAAGAGUCAGACCCCUCCGAUGGCAGUAUCGCCAAGGACCUCCGAAAUGCCGAGCUGGAGUUGAAGAAGAGCAAGCGGAAGGACUACUACAAGAUUCUUGGGGUUGAGAAGGAUGCCGAUGAGACGCAGAUCAAGAAGGCAUACCGGAAAGCAGCCAUUAUCCACCAUCCUGACAAGAACAGAGAUGACGAAAAUGCUGAGGAGAGGUUCAAGGAUGUCGGAGAGGCCUAUGAGACGCUGAGUGACCCCCAGAAGCGUGCAAGAUACGACAGCGGAGAGGACCUCAUGGACCCGAUGGAGGGAUUCGGAGGCGGUGGUAUGGGCGGUGGCGGUAUGACCAUCGAUCCUGAGGUCCUGAUGCAGAUGUAUGCUCAGAUGGGCGGUGGUAGCCGAGGUGGAGGAGGUGGCUUUCACAGCUUCGGCGGUGGCAUGCCAGGAGGUGGUGGUGGACGACGAGCCGGUGGUGCUCCCCAAGAUGAUGCCGAGGAGAGUCACGACCCAUCUCAAGACGAAGAUUAUAACAACAGUACCAGACCCAGGAAAGCAAAUGAGGGCCAGUUUGGAAGAGGCAAAGAGAUCUCGGAUACCCACUUAAGAUGGUUGCGCAAGAUGGGAAGGAUGGAUCUCAAAGCUCUCGCUGCCGGUGUUGGUAAUGGUUCGUACCUGGCUGCUCCGCCGGUAUAA